AUGCCUGCCUCCCGCUCCCCCUCUCCAGAGAACAACGUCUUUGCCUUCUCAACCACCCUCAUCCCCGAGCGAGAUAGCAAAAAGCCCGCAACAACAAGUCUCACCUUCGACAAUCUCCUCCCGUCCAACACGCCCCUCCUCCUGCACGAGGACCUGCAAGAAGGAUGCGGCGGCCAACUCUGGCCCGCUGGCAUGGUCCUCGCCAAAUACAUGCUCAAACACCACCGGACCGGCUCACUGCGAGGAAAAUCCGUCGUGGAGAUCGGCGCCGGCGGUGGACUGGUGGGACUGGCCCUUGCUCUUGGGUGUGAAGACUUCGACGAUGGGCACAAGAUUUACAUUACGGAUCAGAUACCCAUGCUUGCACUGAUGAGGAAGAAUAUCGCUCUUAACAAAUUGGAAGACAAGGUCGUCGCGGAGGUCUACGAUUGGGGCACUGCGCCUCCGCCCACUAUACUAUCACCUGGUACCCAACAACACCCGGACAUCGUCCUAGCAGCGGACUGUGUCUAUUUUGAACCCGCUUUCCCGCUUUUGCUCCAGACACUGACCGACCUUGUCGGUCCCGAAACGACCUGCUACUUCUGCUUCAAGAAGAGACGGAAAGCGGAUAUGCGAUUCAUUCGUGACAUGAUGAAAAAUUUCCAUGUCGACUAUGUCGAGUACGACGGAAGAGAAGCGGAUCAGAAAGAAGGGAUUUUUUUGUAUGCUGUAAGGCGAAAGACGAAAGAACAAAAGCAAUGA